AUGGCACUUAUCAAGAUCCUACAUACCCCUCAGGGACAAGCAUUCGUCGCUCUCGCAGCUCUGGUUACUAUCAUCAAGUUCGCCUUGUCUCGCCGACGGACACGCUCUUCACCGCUUCCUCCUGGACCCCCCGGAGAGCCCAUUCUAGGCCACCUGCGCAUCAUCCCGACCGACAAUCCCGAAAAUGCAUACAUGAAGUGGUCUCGAGAAUAUGCUUCAGAUAUCAUUUCAUUCAACGUGCUCGGGCAGCCCAUCGUCGUGCUCAACUCUGUCCAUGCGGCGAUCGACCUCCUCGACAAGCGGGGAGCCAACUACUGUGACAGACCUCGAUUUGUCCUCUUCGAGGUGAUGGGGUGGCGCAAAACGCUCACGUUUCUUCGAUGGGGCCCGGAAUUUCGAAAACAUCGCAGCAUAUUGCAGAGAGCCUUCCAGAGGACUAGCAUUGUCCAGCACCGCCCCCUGCAAGAGCGGGAAAUGACUGUGAUGUUGAAGGGACUCCUCCAGAAACCGGAAGAUUGGGAGACGAUCAUGAGAAGAUUUGCUACGGCCGUGGUACUUGGCAUUGGCUUCGGCAUCAAGAUCGACACAGAUACUGACCCCUUCAUUCAAGUAGCUGCCGAUGCCAGCUACGCUCUCGGGCACGGGGGUGCUCCGGCUGGAACGCCGGUAGAUUUCUUCCCAUUUCUAAAGUCCCUUCCGCGAUGGUUUCAUGACCGCUCAUUAAAGUUUGCAAGCGAUUGGAGGUGGGCCAUUCGAAACCUCCACGAUAAGCCAUAUGAGGCCGUGAUAUCGUCGAACGAGAAAGGGCAAUCCCUGAUUCACACCCUGCUCAGUCAGAGGAAUAAACAACUCGGAAAUGGCCAAACGCCGGAGCUAUCAGUCGAGGAUAUCAAAGGAGCAGCUGGUGCUGUCUAUGCGGCAGGCCAGGAUACGACCUGGAGCACGUUGAUCGUGUUUGUGCUUAACAUGAUUCUCCAUCCCGAGGUGCAAGAGAAGGGCCAAAAGGCUGUGGAUGAGUUUGUGGGUCGAGACAGGCUGCCCACCUUUGAAGACCGGCCGCAACUCCGAUACGUUGACUACAUCGUCCAGGAGACGCUACGCUGGUGCCCGGUGUCACCAAUUGGAGUCCCACAUCGCUCGUUGCAAGACGAUAUAUACGAGGGCUACUUGAUUCCCGCGGGAUCAUUCGUCUACGCCAACGCCCGAGCAAUGACACACGACGAGCGGACAUAUCAAAACCCCGACACAUUCGAUCCUGACCGUUACAUUCCCGUAGAGGAAGGCGGACGAGGGGAACCAUUUCCCAACGGGCAGUUUGGAUUCGGACGAAGGGUAUGCGUUGGCCAGCAUCUGGCUGAGGCGAGCGUGUGGAUCGUGGUUGUGGGGAUGCUGAGCACAUUGAAGAUCCAGAAGGCAUUGGAUACAGAGGGAAGGGAGGUAACGCCUGUGGUGGAAUUGACGAAUGGGUUGACGAGUCAUCCUACGAGAUUUGCUUGUCGGAUUGGACCAAGGGAUGAGGAGGGAGUAGAUGUUAUUCUCAAUACCCCAUUAUGA